AUGCCGACCGUGACUCUCCCUUCCAAGCCAGACGCACCAUUCGCGUAUGAGCUCUUCCAAGGAGAUGUGGCAAGCAGUCUCCUUAUCGUCUGCUCGAAUCUCUCUCCGAAGCCAUGGAUAAUCACGUACAGCCGCUAUGAGCAGGGGGAUUCUCAGGGAGACUCCCGCGAAAGCUGGCCGGACAAAGAGCCCGGCCACGCGCGCAAACUGGACGAUGUCACUGACGAUCUCCACGAGUUGAUUCAAACUUUAUCCCCCGAUCGUUGCUCACCCAUUGUCUUUGUAAACAACAGCAUAGGCGCGCACGUCGCGCGAAGAUAUGCUGCUAGAUAUCCUACAAUUGUUGAAGGAAUCCUGUUCCUUGACUCUAAUCCUGAAAACACUGACUACGCGAAUAUCUGGCCGAAUCCGAAGGAUCCGUCCUUUAAUCUAGAGCAGACGGCUCCCCCCCGGCAUCUCGCUCGAUUGUACGAAGCCGCCUAUACCAAGAUGACAACGAUAUUUGAAUCAGGUGCAAAGUACAACGAGGGAUUUGACAGACGCGAGAUCAAAAACAUGCUGCCCGACCCAUCACAGCGAAAGCUUAAGGGAUCGAAGACUUCGGAUAAAGUCCUCGGGAAACCGUCGUUGGUCAUGAGCUCGAACAAUACUGAAAGGAGGAAUGGGCGAUUGCUGAAGGUUCCUUUGGGCAUGGCUGCGAUGUAUACUCAACAGCAAGUGAACAAUUGUUCCUCAAUUAAGCAUUUCACUAAGAAGAAACUCAACUGGAUCAAUCUCUCGUUUGCCGAGAACUACACCAUCUGGAAAGACAUCCUCGAGGUCUUCCGCGACGCGGCCGCAACGCAAGUCACUGACAAAGCGCCUAUGAGGUCUUCAUCAACAUCCACACCAGCAUCGUCCCGAUUCCGGUGGGCGUCGGCAGCCUUGACGGGUCCUUGGCGAGUGCAUGAUCCCCACGCUGGAAAAGAGGCUUCGAGACGCGCCUGUCCCUGUCACAGCCGUGGUGGUGAUGAACCCGCACAAUCCGCUGGGCCGUUGCUAUAG